CAAGUCUUCAGUGUGGAGAGUUUAGUUUUUUGUUGCAUGAGUGAGUUGAGGAAAGAGAACUUCUGCUGAGUGAGGCUGGUUAACCGUAACAGAUGGAAAGGAAGAGUUGUUGCUGACUUAUUUUUCAUUCUCGAGAGCGGAUUCUACUCUUCACCAUAUCGUACGCUUUUUAUUAGGAAUGUCAUUACCAGUUGACAACGAUGUUCACAAGUUGAAAUUGGGGAACAGCUUUGAUCCGAACUCGAAAGUAGGAUUUCACUCCAUACGGUAUGACUUUAAACCAGCGUCCGUGGACACCAGCCAGGAAGCCUGCGUGGAGGUGGGCAAGGGAAAUCAAGUCACGGUGACAGUGCCACAUGUGGAGAGUUCUGGUACAUCCCACACUGUUUUCAAGGGUAACAAGCAACCAUUAAUGAAAGAAUGUGUUCUCAUAAUUGAUCAUGAAAAAGGCACGUACACUCUGGAGAAGCUGACCAGUAAAAUAGCUGUCAAGAAAACCAGGCAGGAAAGCAGUAGCAGAGCCUUGCAGCACAGCACAGGGCGUGUCACCCCUGUGGAAAAAAAGAGCAGUACGUCUUCCUCCACACCUUCCAAGGUCAAACCUAGUCAGAAGAACUCGCCUGAGGGAGAUAACUUCUCCAUCACUCCCAUUCACAGUGAAGUCUCGAAGGGUGCAGAGGAUAUCGCCCUUGUUGGAGAAAUAACUGAUAGCUCUGAUGAAGAUGAAGCACCAAAGGCUACCUCGAGUAAGAAAGUCCCAUCUCAACCUCCUGGACAGAUGCGCCAGUUUGGAGUUCUGGAUGACGAUCUUGCCCUCAGCGAGUCUGGUAGUGACAGUGACAGCGACUGAACGCGUCUGAUCUCAUAGCAGUGGAUGUUCUCCGGUGGAUCUCAUGGCUUUCUGCUUGAAGCUCUGUAAACCCGUUGUGUUUUGUCUUCCACUAAUAUGUAUAUAUAUUGUGGUCCUGAGUCACGCCUACUUCCCUGUGCGGAUUUGGUUUUGCUUUAUCGGAACUACCAAGUACCCUGAAUAUUUAGGAUUGUCCCAAGUUUAUUUGCUUUUGGACACUCCCUGAAUGGUUUUGCGUAAAACCAGAUUUUUUUUCUUAUUGCAAUUGUCAGACCAUAUGGCCAUCGAUGGUGAAUGACGUGAUAUAAUGCAUUAGUAAGACAUGCCAUGCACGUAGCUGUAUAUGUCUUAAUUUCUUCAAGCUAAUCCAUUGGGGUUUUCUGUUCCUAUUUUUUUUUUGUAACUGUCAAUUUACUUCAUGAUCUUAACUCUUUAUUUCCGGAGGGAGUUUUCCCCACUCUGCCAGAGCCCUCUUUUGGCACACAACCUGAGAGUGGGGUAUGUAUCACUAAAUUUGUAAUUAAACAAAACAUAUGAUGAACCUAUUCUGAUUGAUCUUCACCUAAUCAAAGAACUAUCAGCAGGGAAGACCUUUUGUCGACUAUUGCUGAAAAUUAACAUAACGUAGAAGUUGUUGUAAAGGAAUGUAACUGAACCGCUGCCAGCGGCUCACUGGCACAGGGGUUCUGACCGCAAGCUACUGGGAGGGGCUUUCCGGGAUAAGGAAUUAAUCUACUGGAGUUGAAGUGACUCCUGUUUUUUCUCAGCAAACUUCACUUUUUGGGGAGGGCUUUGAGAAAAUAUCCUGUUUUUGGCCUUAAUGUAGAUAUCCGGUCUGUUUUAUAUAUCCACUUGGCUACAUAAUAGUUGCUUUUUUCUUGUAGCCAUUGUACACGACAUUCUUCCUCUGGAGACCUCCCAUCUAUUGCAGUCUUUUUUUUUUUGACGAUUAAAUGUAGAAGUGUCCCUCUGUGGAGGAUCACUUGGUAUACUAACAGCCUGCAUGUAGCAGAUGCAGUCCUCAAUUCCGUGUUGUCCGAGACUGUGGCCUAGUCUCCUCACAGUUCUAGCAGUUACCUCUGGUGGAGCUUUCCUCUUGGUUUUUAUGCAAAACUGAGUGGAAAUCCAAGUAACUUUUCGUCUUUCCAACCGGCCUCUCUAUGACGGCCAAAAUCGUGCUGUAGCUUUUGCCUUGAUUGCAAUUGGGUAUUUAUCUCAUUUUGUGUGAUUGCGGUUUUUGCCGUUGUUUGUAUGCAUGAGUUUUUUGCUGUUGUGUGUAUGCAUGAGCUGAUGAUGCUCUAUAAGAUCUGGAACAUAAUGCUGCAUUAAAAAGAUUGUGAUUGGACAGCCAGCCAUACAAUUUUUGCUGUACAUCAUGACAAUGCGGUUGAAAGUUAAUUGAAGAAAGUCACUAAAAUGGUCCUAAAAGAAGGGUAAUUUCUCUUGAGAUAAAUAUUUAAUUUCAGUAUACUUUCUGGUUUAAUUCGUUCAUACGAAAUGGUUUAUUUUAGGAUGUAAGUGCUUUUUUUACCUAUAGAUAAUAACCACUGUCACUGAAUUUGUCAUGUACAUCAUGUAUGUACUUUUUAUCCUCUCAACAAGUUUUGAACAUUUAAAUUGUGUUACAGGACCCAUAUGCAGGACUGUCUUCAUUUAGUCAAAGCAUGUAUGUUGAAUUGUGUGUCUGAUGAUGUGUAUCACUUUAUGCAUGGUGAAUCUGUCAGUUCAUUAAAUCGUUGAACUGUCAUGGCAUGAGAGGGGAAUUAACAGACCGGAGAGAAUCACCAGGGUUUGAUAUAUUGAGGCAUUUCUCAUUGUAAUAAUGUUUAGGGUAAGGACAAAUGAAAAUGUUGAAUGGACUGGGAAUGAUGGAAGGGCAAUGUUGAUAGCUCUUGUUGUAUUUUUUAUCCUUCAGCUAUUUCACCCUUCUUUUUGCUCAGCAUUCUUUUAUCAUGGUGUGUAAAAGGUUUUAAUGUACAAAGAGUGACAGUCUUCACAGGGUGAGGAUUUAAAAAGUCCCAUAGAUUGGGUUUGUUUUUCAACCCCAUAUGUAAGGGGUUUCAGUUCUUCUUCUUCUUCGUAUGUGCUGAUUCCCUGCGCCUUUAAGCCAAAUGUGGCAGUUAUCGUGCCAACUUGCCACAUAAAAUGUCUCGAUGACAGAUACCUUCAUCGUUUUUGGUAUUUAUUUUCAAACAUGGUACGAUCUUGAAACCUUUCUAUGUUGCGUGUCAGACUAAACGUUGUGUGACUGUGAUUGAUGCAUGAACUGAAGUGCCUAUGUACUGGGAGCUGUGACAGCAUGUUAGAACACCUGUUUUUUUUUUUUCAUUCCUUUGUGCCGUAUACAUAGAUCUGCCUGAAGUGUCGACUGUAUGCACAGUCAUGUGAGGUCUUCUUUUUCACUUCUCAUAAAAUCUGUGAUAGAGCGAUGAUCACUUAUGGUACAAUGUCAUCUUAUUUGAAUGUGUAUAACUGCAUUCUAGUACUCUGGGCUCGUUUUACAUUCCGAUACACUGGUGCGACUAGAUUUUAAGAAUGUCGAUGAAAGUCAGCAGUGGUAGAUGACAUCUUGUAUUGAUAAUGUUAACAUUUACAAAGUUCUAAAAUCAAUCAGCAACUUCUUUGAAUAGAACAUUAUAGUAGUUGCUGGAACACUUUUAUUUUGAUCAAUGCUUGUCGUCAAACUGAUUUCCAAGUAGUCGAAGAUUUCGAUAUACUUUUUUGACAAAGUACCUCAUAUUUCUCGUUUUGUUUCCUUGUGUUGCCAUAUAUGUUUUUGUCUAGAUGUAUGAACUUUUUCGGGCUCUCAAAGCAGUCACGCCCUGGUAUGGCUUAGUUGGAAACUUUCUCAUGUACUUGCUUCAAGAUGACUACAUUGCUCUGUCAAAACCAUUGCUCUCCAAUACCAUAGCAUUUGCAUUAGAGGAAGAAUAAGACUAAACAGUUAUUUGUAGUCCAGGCUAAAAGCAUGUAAUUACAAAUAAAAAAUAUGAUCACUAUUACCUUUUUGGAAUUUGUGGAGAGAACUACGAGACUGUAAGACAUGUUCAAUACUUAUAUGAAACUUUGUUUUGUUCCCUACUUUUCCCUGCCUCCUGUCUUCAAAGAAGUUCUUUUGGACUAGGUGUUCUGAUCUUGUAUUCCUAAAGAUACUUUUCAGACUUUAGAAAGUUUUUUCCAGAAAGGAACAGUACUGAUGGACACUUAGGAAAGGCUUGUCUUGUUUCUUCUUGCGAUUUACCAUGAGUGAAUGCUGGUGGUUUUGAUCAGCAUAUUAUAGAGGUCCAUCUCUGCUUGCUAUUUUAAUGACCUUGUGUAAAAGCAUAUUCAUAAACCUCAUCCUUACCUGUUAUGAUGUAGGGAAGGUAUAAAAAAAUAAUUUACUGAGCUUUUUUUUAUGAGAAUCUUUGAAAAAAAUUGCCCAAGAAUCAAUUAAAAAAAAUCAAAUUGAAAUAAAAAAUUACUUUGAUGUCGAGAAGUUUUACACCUUUCAUAGCUGAGAGAAAAUUGUUUCAAACUGUAUGUCAUCUUUUUUUGGAAAUCAUCUUUCUUACAAACUGCCAAAGUGAAUUGAAGGAUACAUGUAGGAUUUGUUUCUGAAAUUUUGUUUGUGGAAUUAUAUCAACUUGCAUAGAGGUUGACGUGAAGAGGGGACUGGUGAAGAAAGGAAAAAACAAACUAAGUCAUAUUUUUGUGUCACUUCAAGCUCAAUUUGGUACUGGCCCAUUCCCCUUCAUAAUGUUCCAAUAUGGUCACUGUGAAUGUCAAUUAAAGUGGUUGUGGCAUAAUUCUGAAGCAAGAAAUGAUUGGUGUGUGCUGUUUGAUGUGUUAUGUGGUGCUUGUGAAUGUCAGUCAUAUACAUAGACUUGACACAGAGUGUGUAGCUGAUAUGAAAGCUGUGCUGUAAGCUCCUUCGACAAUGUGCAGUGAUGAUGACUUUUUUUUUUCUUCGUGAAAACAUACGUUGUUUGUGCGUUUGUACAAUGACAGAAGUGAGCGAGUGUAUCAGAACAGUGUAAGACUUUGUCAUAAUAAAGAAUGUUAUGAUGAUC